CGCGGGUCUUACAGGGACGGCGUGGACACGUUCGCCAUGUCGCCUGGUCUCCGCUGUCUGCUCUUCUACUUCCUGCUGCUGGGCCCGGUGGCGGCCCGCGUCCGUCACCCACUUCCUGUCCUGUGGAUGAGGCCCGCGGGUCACGGGGGCGGGGUCAACGGGACCGUCCAGCAGGCCCUGCGGGACCUGAAGAAGCAAGCCCCGCCUCUGGGAAACUACGAGCUUCAACUCCACAACGUGGACUUGCAGUGUGACGCCUCGGCCGCCCUCAAAGCUUUGUUUGAUGCCAUGUGGGUGGGGCCUAAGUAUCGCUUGCUGUUUGGAGGGGCGUGUCCUUCUGUCACGCCACUAUUGGCUCGUGCUCUGCCGGCGCUCAGGAUGGUGCAGGUAUCUUUUUCAGCACCCGGAAGGAAGUGGUACAGGAACACGUUUAGCACGGCGCCCUCUCGCCGGGCGGUCAAUCAGGCCGCCGUCAAGCUGCUGCAACGCUACGGGUGGACGCGUGUCGGCAUCAUCGCGCAGGAAGGGUCCUCGGAGAUGGCGGAGGAUCUGAGCAGACAGCUGAUGAAGGCCCGCCUUGAGCUAGUUUCCAUGGCGACGCUCCACCACAAUGCCUGCACCGGCUUGAUGGACAUGAAGGAACGCGACGUGCGCGUCUUCGUCGUCCUCGCGCCUUCUGAUGAAGAUUCUGUCUCUCAGGUUUUCUGCUGUGCCUCCAGACUGAAGCUGUCAGCUUCAGGACAUCAGUGGGUUGUCGCAGGAGGAGGAGAACCAGGAUGGAGGUCCAGGUCGCGGGUGUCAGUCUGCACGUGGAAUGAGGUGAUGGCGGUGGCAGACGGCGCCAUCUGGCUGCAGACAACACGUGUUGUCAACAAGCCAAGACUUCCUGGAAGGACACCCCAAGAGGCUCUCCACCUCCAGCAGAGGGCAAAGGUCAACCCACUCCACGCCUUCGCCUAUGACGCCGUGUGGGUGGCGGCCAUCGCUCUGAGCGAGGCGACGGAAGCGGUGAAGCGGCGAGAGAAAUACGCCGGCGUCGGUGAGGAGGAAGUGGCGAGGGCGCUGCACGACGCCGUCAAGCGUACACACUUCGAUGGCGUGACGGGUUCAGUUUCCUUCCAAGAUGGCGACCGAGUGACGGCCAUCACAGUCCUUCAGUCUCAAGGCGAAGACGUGGUGAUGGUGGGAGAGUUCCUCAGCGACACGCAGCACCUGCGACUGGCUGAGCAUCUCGUAAAGUUCAAAGACCCGACUCCGAUGCAUGAGGAGCGACAUCACGCCAACGUCCUCCUCCUCAGAAUGGUGGCGGCGGUCGCCGCGGUAACCGCCGCCCUUUCUUUGACCGCCCUGUGCAUCAUCACCAUCAAGCGCCACGCAUCCGCUACCCACGAUGCACUGCUGCUGCUGGCCGUCCUUCUCUCUGCCUCCUCCGUCAUGGCCGCCUGCCCUGAUGACAACUCGCUACCCCGAUCGACGCUCAACCUUCUCUGCUCGGUCCGUUUAUGGCUUUUGUCGUUGGGUCAAAAUCUGGGCUUCUCUGCAGUCUUCACCCGAACAUGGCGCCAUUUCUCGCCAGGAGGUGUUGUGGUGCCGCCGCCGUGCUACGUGGCGUCCAUCUUGGCUCUGCUGGACGUGAUUGUUUUGACCACCUGGCAAAUGGUGGACCCUCUCAGGCGGGUGGUGAUGCGGCACAGGCCGCAGGGUGACUCCGCCCCCCUGGACUUCGUCUCGUGGUCGCCCCCUGAUGGCUGCAGCAGCAACAACAUGGAGGAGUGGACCGCCUUCAUCUACGCUUACAAAGCAGCGCUGCUGGGUGUGGGAUGUUUCGUGGCGUGGAACAUCAGGAGGCGCAGCACGGGCUUGGCGUUCAGUAUGUCGGCGGUGGCGGCGGUCAGCGUGGCGGGGGCGUGCGCUUGGCCGCUGCUCGCCCACAAUCCUUCACUUCACUUCUGCGUGACCAGCGCUCUGGUCCUCGCCUGCGACCUCCUGGUCCUCGCCGCCAUGUUCGGGGUCCGCAUCGGCCAGCUGCACGGCGGAGGGGGCGGGGCCACAGAGGGAGGAGCUACAAGGGGCGAGGCCGCAGAGGCGCUCAACCGACGGCUGAAACAGGAAAGGGCUGAGCUGGACGCUCGCAUUGACACACUCUGCCACGCUUUGGAGGCGGAGCUUGCUCAGAGUGCCACAGGAAGAGGCGGCUGUUCGCCACUUAAAUCCUGCGCGCGUGACAACAGUGGUCCGGCGGUGGAGGCCGGGUCAGAGGUCAUAGAGAAUCCAGCCGACGUCAACGCUCCUGACCUCGUGCGGCGCCGUCUGUCCGUCCAGCUGCCCAUCCUCCAUCACUCCUACCUGUCUGUUAUUGGCGGCGUCAGCGCCAGUAGCUCCGCCCACUUUGGAAGCGGGGACAUGCUCAACGCCACUUCCGGGAAGCCGCAGCUCUGACGACAUCUUUGUCUGACUCAUUUCUUCUGAUUUCAAGACGGAUUAUUCAUCAACAUGUAAUAAAAAACUCCUCCACGAGAGGGCGCUUUGAAUGGUUGCUAUGGUGGAAGUGAACCUAAGCCAGUGCCUGACAAAUAGUGGGGAGGGCCCUCCUUGGGGAACGGGGCGUCAUUAUAUCUUGACAUAUAUAGAUUAAAAAAAUUAACAUUAUCAGGGGGGGCGUGAAAAAUUUCUACCCUUCUUGAGACAUCAACAAGGAAAAGUACCUUCCAUAUGAUGAACAAGUUAGGACAUAAAUCAUGGUCCCAAUAUGGAAAACAAUUGCAUCUAAUAGAGAAUGUCUCAUUUGGUGGUGGUGGGGAAAUCUAUCAACUUCGGAGGGAUUUUUCAAAUUGACUGUGUGUCGGUUUUAAAAGUGCUCCCCCUCUGGUGAACAUAUGAAAUAAGUGUGUGGAAAAAUUUUAGGUGCUCCUCCUCUGGCCAACAUAUGUAAUAACAGGUGUUCUUGCAUGCGCCACCUUUGGCCAAAAUGAAUUUAAAAAAUAAAAUAAAUAUGUAUAUAGAGACAAACUGUAAUAACUUGAAGUAAAUAGUGAUUAAAAACUAGAGAUGUCCGAUAAUGGCUUUUUUGCCGAUAUCCGAUAUUCCGACAUUAUCCAACUCUUAAUUACCGAUUCCGAUAUCAACCGAUACCGAUAUAUACAGUCGGGGAAUUAACACAUUAUUAAGCCUAAUUUUGUUGUGAUGCCCCGCUGGAUGCAUUAAACAAUGUAACAAGGUUUUCCAAAAUAAAUCAACUCAAGUUAUGGAAAAAAAUGCCAACAUGGCACUGCCAUAUUUAUUAUUGAAGUCACAAAGUGCAUUCUUUUUUUUAACAUGCCUCAA